CAAUUGCUCGCCCCCUUCCCCGAUCUUUCUCCGCGGAACGAAACGCCUUUUCCGGGAGAGGUUCCCGCAGACUCAGCCUCCUCGCCUCCUCCUCCCAACAGGUGGCUGUAGCCCCGGCCCGGGGGCUCCGGGGCCCAUGUCCGCCGUGGCGGCGUCGCCUGCUCCCCUCGCGGCGCUGUGAGCGCGCGCGUCCGUCCGCGGCGAGAUGGGUAACCAGGUGGAGAAACUGACCCACCUAAGUUACAAGGAAGUUCCCACCGCCGACCCGACGGGCGUGGACCGGGACGACGGGCCCCGCAUCGGGGUCUCCUACAUCUUCUCCAACGACGACGAGGACGCGGAGCCGCAGCCGCCGCCGCCCCAGGGGCUCGAUGGAGGCGGCGGGUUGCCGGACGCCGGGGGGGACGGUUCGGCGCCGCCGCCCCCGCCGCAGCCCUACGACCCGCGGCAGCACGAGGUCGAGUGCUCGGUCUUCUACCGCGACGAGUGCAUCUACCAGAAGAGCUUUGCGCCCGGCUCGGCGGCGCUGAGCACCUACACACCCGAGAACCUGCUCAACAAGUGCAACCCGGGCGAUCUGGUGGAGUUCGUGUCCCAGGCGCAGUACCCGCACUGGGCGGUGUACGUGGGCAAUUUCCAGGUGGUGCACCUGCACCGGCUGGAGGUGAGCAAUAGCUUCCUGACCGACGCGAGCCAGGGCCGUCGCGGCCGCGUGGUGAACGACCUGUACCGGUACAAACCGCUCAGCCCCAGCGCGGUGGUGCGCAACGCGCUGGCGCACGUGGGCGCCAAGGAGCGCGAGCUCAGCUGGCGCAACUCGGAGAGCUUUGCCGCCUGGUGCCGCUAUGGCAAGCGCGAGUUCAAGAUCGGCGGCGAGCUGCGCAUCGGCAAGCAGCCCUACCGCUUGCAGAUUCAGCUCUCGGCGCAGCGCAGCCACACGCUCGAGUUCCAGAGCCUGGAGGAUUUGAUCAUGGAGAAAAGGCGCAACGACCAGAUCGGCCGCGCCGCCGUGCUGCAGGAACUCGCCACGCACCUGCACCCGGCCGAACCGAUGGAGGGCGACAGCGAUGCGGUCCGGACUACGCCGCCGCCGCCGCCUCCCCGGCGCCCCCCCGCGCUGGGCUCCGAGGAAGAGCACCGAGAGACGGUAGCGCACUGACCCGACCCGGCCCACCAGGCCCUGAGCUGCAGAAGGGAGCCCUGCCCGCCCUCACUCCCCCCCCCACCCCCUUCUUCCUCGCCCUUCCCCCAUCACUUCCAGGGGGCCCAAUCCUGGAUCCCGGGUCCUUUGGGACAUGGAGAGUUGGUGAAAUGCCCAGCCGGCUGUGGACUUGGGGGGGGGGGGGGAGGAGGAGGAAGGGGCAGAGGGAACGUGUAGGCGCACUUUUGAGGAGCAUUUCUUCCCAACCUCCCCAAGUCGGUCUUCCGCUCUGCGGUGGGACAAACUGGUUACUUGGCAUUUAACCCCUGCUGGAUUAGAGGGAUGGAGCUGAAAUUGACCCGUCCUAUCGCACGUACUGUGGGAGAACAGUUCAGAGUACCCCCGUAUCUGCCAGCUCCUCCUGGCUUCUCUCUUCUCUGAGCUCUGGUGGUGCCAGGUACGAAGGGCAGAGGCUGUUUGGGGAGGAGCCACCAGCGGCCUGCCUCGGGGUAGCGGCUUAACUUCUUAUCUUCCCCUGCUGAGCCGGGCUGGAGGUGGGAGUAGCUGGGGUGAUUUAUCUUG